AUGAAUCUUGAAUUGCCUGAUGCCGAAAUGGGCAAAGUUGUGACUCGAUUUCCACCAGAGCCUAGUGGAUAUUUGCAUAUCGGACACGCCAAGGCCGCAAUGCUAAAUCAACACUUUGCCCAAGCAUAUAAAGGAAAGAUGAUUUUAAGAUUUGAUGACACAAAUCCUUCUAAAGAAAAGGAAGAAUUUGAAGAAUCCAUCAAAGAAGAUUUAACAUUACUUGGUAUUAAUGCAGACCAAGUAACCUAUACUUCGGACCAUUUUGAGAAACUUUACCAAUAUGCUAUCAAGCUUAUUGAUAAAGGAUUAGGUUAUGUAGAUGAUACUGAUGUCACUACGAUGCGUGCAGAGCGUAUGGAUGGCAUUGAAUCCAAGAACCGGAAUUUAUCUGUUGAAGAAAAUCUUCGGAGAUUUCAAGAAAUGUAUGAAGGUACCGAAUUUGGUCUGAGCUGUUGCUUGCGUGCCAAAAUUGAUAUGAAGAAUCUCAAUAAGGCACUUCGUGAUCCUGUUCUAUAUAGGUGCAAUACAUUACCUCAUCAUCGUACUGGGGAUAAAUGGAACAUGUACCCUACAUAUGAUUUUGCUUGUCCAAUUGUUGAUUCUAUCGAAGGAGUUACACAUGCAUUAAGAACUAAUGAAUAUCGUGAUCGUAACGCCCAGUAUGAUUGGAUAAUUAAUUCCUUAGAAUUGAGGAAAGUGCUUGUUUGGGAUUUCAGUCGUAUGAAUUUUGUAUAUACCUUGUUAUCAAAACGUAAACUACAAUGGUUUGUAGAUCAGGGCUUUGUCAGUGGAUGGAACGAUCCAAGGUUUCCGACUGUUCGCGGCAUACUCCGCCGCGGAAUGACAGUCGAGGCUUUAAAACAAUAUAUUCUUUCUCAAGGUGCUUCAAAAAAUACGGUAAUGCUGGAGUGGGAUAAACUAUGGGCUUUAAAUAAGGCAGUCAUUGAUCCAAUUUGUCCAAGACAUACAUCAAUUUUAAAACAGAACAUUGUCAAGGCUAAUAUUUCUGGUGGCCCUGAAGUUCCCUAUGCAAAUGAUAAUAUGCCAAAACACAAGAAAAAUCCCGAUGUAGGAACAAAGAAAACUUGGUUUGCUUCGAUAAUUUUUAUUGACCAAAAUGAUGCUAAGACAUUUGGAAUUGAUGAAGAGAUAACACUUAUGGACUGGGGAAAUGCUAUAGUUAAAUCUAUUCAUAAAUCUGAUUCAGACCCUGAGAUAGUGAUAGGAUUAGAUUUACAACUUCAUUUGGAAGGUGAUUUUAAAAAGACCAAGAAGAAGAUUACUUGGUUGUCUGAUACUGAAGAAGUUUUAGAAAUUGUGUUGGCCGACUAUGAUUAUUUGAUCAAUAAGCGUAAAUUGGAAGAAAACGAUGAAGUCAAGGAUUAUGUCACUGAAAAAACCGAAUUUUUAACAAAUGCUAUUGCAGAUUUUAAUGUAAAACAGCUUAAGAAAGGAGAUAUAAUUCAGUUUGAAAGAAGAGGAUAUUAUAUAUUAGAUGAUGAUAUCUCUACUGUAUCUAUUCCACGCUUUAAUCAUAUUCCUGAUGGUAAGGCUAGUAGUAUGGCUUCUAAAGCUGCGGGUGGAAAUUCGGACAAAGCUGCAGUUCAAAUCGUAAAGAAAGACCCAAGUCCAUAUACGGGCGGUGGCGGAGUGGUAUUAAUUACUGCUGACGAAAAAGAA